AUGUACUUCCCUGUUCAUAUCUAUUUAUCUCUAUCAUUUUGGUCAUAUCUAUCUAUCUACUUAUGUCUGUGCUAUUAUCUAUCUAUCUAUCUAUCUAUCUAUCUACUCAUUCUAUUAUUCUGUCUGUCUAUCUCAUCUAUCCAUGUCUAUCUCAGUCUAUUCCAUCCAUCUAUCUAUCUGUCUAGUCUGUCUUCAUAUCUAUCUCAUCUAUUCUUGUCUGUCUAUCUCAGUCUAUCUUGUCUAAGUCUGUUCUUAUCUAUCUGUCUAUCUAGUCUAUCUUAUUUAUCUAUCUCAUCUAUUCUUGUCUGUCUAUCUCAUCUAUCUAUUCUUGUCUAUCUCAGUCUAUUCUUGUCUGUCUAUCUCAUCUAUUCUUAUCUAUCUAUUCUUAUCAGUCUAUCUCAGUCUAUCUGUCUAUCUCAUCUAUCUUGUCUGUCUCUCAGUCUAUUCUUGUCUGUCUAUCUCAUCUAUCUGUCUAAGUCUGUUCUUAACUAUCUGUCUAUCUCAGUCUAUUCUUGUCUGUCUAUCUCAUCUAUUCUAUCUAGUCUAUCUAUCUUGUCUGUCUAUCUCAGUCUAUUCUUGUCUGUCUAUCUCAUCUAUUCUUGUCUCAGUCUGUUCUUAACUAUCUGUAUCUAUCUCAGUCUAUUCUUGUCUAUUCUAUCUCAUCUAUCUAUUCUUUUGUCUAAGUCUGUUCUAUCUAUGUCUAUCUCAGUCUAUUCUGUCUUCUAUCUCAUCUAUCUUGUCUGUCUAUCUAUUCAUUCUAUCUCUAUCUGUCUAUCAUCUAUUCUAUCUAUCUCAGUCUAUCUUAUCUGUCUAUCUCAGUCUAUUCUUAUCUGUCUAUCUCAGUCUAUUCUUGUAAGUCUAUCUCAUAUCUAUCUGUCUAUCUCAUCUAUUCUUGUCUGUCUAUCUCAUUCUUGUCUGUCUAUCUAUUCAUUUGUCUGUCUAUCUCAGUCUAUUCUCAUCUAUUCUAUCUGUUCUUAUCUCAUCUGUCUAUCUCAGUCUGUUCUUAACUAUCUGUCUAUCUCAGUCUAUUCUUGUCUGUCUAUCUCAUCUAUCUAUCUGUCUAUCUCAUCUAUCUAUUCUCUGUCAGUCUGUUCUAUCUGUCAGUCUGUUCUUGUCUCAGUCUUCUCAGUCUAUUCUAUCUAUCUAUUCUUGUCUGUCUUCAUCUAUCUGUCUAUCUCAGUCUAUGUUCUUAUCUAUCUCAUCUAUCUCAUCUAUUCUUGUCUGUCUAUCUCAUCUAUUCUUGUCUAUUCAUCUAUCAUCUAUCUCAGUAUCUGUCUAUCUCAGUCUAUUCUUGUCUAUCUAUCUCAUCUAUUCUUGUCUAUCUAUCUAGUCUCUGUCUAUCUCAGUCUAUCUAUCUAUCUCAGUCUAUUCUUGUCUGUCUAUCUCAGUCUAUUCUUUCUAUUAUUCUAUCUAUCUAUCUCAGUCUAUUCUAUCUCAUCUAUCUCAGUCUAUUCUUGUCUAAUCUAUCUCAUCUAUCUAUCUAUCUAUCUUAUCUGUCUAUCUCUAAUCUGUUCUCAAUUCUAUCAUCUAUCUAUCUAUUCUAUCUGUCUAUCUCAGUCUAUUCUUGUCUGUCUAUCUCAGUCUAUUCUUGUCUGUCUAUCUCAGUCUAUUCUUGUCUGUCUAUCUCAGUCUAUUCUUGUCUGUCUAUCUCAGUCUAUUCUUUCUAUUCUUGUCUGUCUAUCUCAGUCUAUUCUUGUCUGUCUAUCUGUUCAUUCUAUCUGUCUAUCUCAGUCUGUUCUUAACUAUCUGUCUAUCUCUCUAUCUAUUCUUGUCAGUCUCAUCUAUUCUUGUCUAAUCUAUUCUUGUCUGUCUAUCUAUCUAUCUAUCUAUCUCAGUCUGUUCUUAACUAUCUGUCUAUCUCAGUCUAUUCUUGUCUGUCUAUCUCAUCUAUUAUCUAUUCUUGUCUGUCUAUCUCAUCUAUCUAUUCUUGUCUGUCUAUCUCAUCUAUUCUUGUCUAUUCAUAUCUGUCUAUCUCAGUCUAUUCUUGUCUGUCUAUCUCAUCUAUUCUUGUCUAUCUAUCUCAGUCUAUUCUUGUCUGUCUAUCUAUCUAUUCUUAUCUCAGUCUGUUCUAUCUCAGUCUAUCUUGUCUGUCUAUCUCAGUCUAUUUUGUCUGUCUAUCUCAUCUAUUCUUGUCCAUCUAUCUAUCUCAGUCUAUUCUAUCUAUCUCUGUUCUAUUCUAUCUGUCUAUCUCAUCUAUUCUUGUCUAUCUCAGUCUAUUCUUGUCUAUCUAUCUAUCUAUCUCAGUCUGUUCUUACCUAUCUGUCUAUCUCAGUCUAUUCUUGUCUGUCUAUCUCAUCUAUUCUUAUCUGUCUAUCUGUUCUAUUCUUGUCUGUCUAUCUCAGUCUAUUCUUGUCUGUCUAUCUCAGUCUAUUCAGUCUGUCUAUCUCAGUCUAUUCUUGUCUGUCUAUCUCAUCUAUCUAUCUCAGUCUGUUCAUUCUUGUCUGUCUAUCUCAGUCUAUUCUUGUCUGUCUAUCUCAGUCUAUUCUAUCUAUCUGUCUAUCUCAGUCUAUUCUUGUCUGUCUAUCUCAUAUCUAUUCUUGUCUAUCUAUUCUUAACUAUCUGUCUAUCUCAUCUGUUCUUAACUAUCUGUCUAUCUCAGUCUAUUCUUGUCUGUCUAUCAUCUAUUCUAUCUAUCUAUCUAUCUCAGUCUAUUCUGUCUGUCUAUCUCAUCUAUUCUUCUCAGUCUAUUCAGUCUAUUCAUCUAUCUAUCUCAUCUAUUCUUGUAUCUAUCUAUCCAUCUAUCUAGUCUAUCUAUCUAUCUCAUCUAUUAUUCUUGUCUAUCUAUCUAUUCUUAUCUAUCUAUCUCAGUCUGUUUCUAUCUAUGUAUCUCAGUCUGUUCAUAUCUAUGUAUCUCAGUCUAUUCUUAUCUGUCUAUCUCAUCUAAAGUCUGUCUCUAUCUGUCUAUAUCUAUGUAUCUCAGUCUAUUCUUGUCUAUCUAUCUAUCUAUCUGUCUAA